GUGUCGCAGGCACAGUUCAAUAUGCCAAUCGCAGGCAUAGUUCAACAUGUCAACUGCACGCAUAGAUGUCCGUUGCCAAAGUCCAUGUAUCAUUGAUUGUCGUGCGACACGUGAGCUUGGACGCGCCUCGCGCUAGUAGCUUCUCUACUACUCGAAAAUUUGGCCGUCUCAUCUCGCCGUCAAGAUACCCAAGUGCUUCUCCUACCUUUCCAAUUCUUUGAUACCGCUGCCAUCAUGUUUCUUCUUCGCCGCACCGCCGUCCGCGCGAUCAGCGCAACACCCUCCAAGGCUUUCCUUGCAACGCCCCGUUCCAUCUCCACAAUCACACCUGCUUUCCGUACACAACAGAAGUGGACAGUUUCCGCCUUCCAGAGGAGAUUCGCUAGCGGCGAUGUCGUAAAGAAGGAGGAGGUCGCCGCUGAGGCUCCUGAGGACUUCGCCCAGACCAUUGCUGAGCCCAUCACCGAGGAUGGCCUCACACCGGUUCAGGAGAAGGCACAGGCAGAGCCCACCAAUGCUUCCGAGACCGUUGGCGCCGAUGCGCUCGAGGCUGUUGCCGAGUCCGCCGACAAGCCUCAGAAGGGGCAGCGCCGCGAGAAGAGCGAUGCGCCGCCCAACAACGUCGUCUACGUUGGCAACCUGUACUACGAGGUCACCGCCGACCAGAUCAAGCGCGUCUUCUCGCGAUUCGGUGAGGUUGAGAACGUCAAGAUUGUCUUCGACAACAGGGGGUUGAGCCGAGGAUUUGGCUAUGUCGAGUUCAAGAACAUCGAAGACGCCAAAACCGCCAUCGACAAUCUCGACAUGCAGGUCUUCGAGGGCCGUAACCUCGUCUGCCAGUUCCACAAGGCUAAGCCUAACUCCAAGACCCGCAGCCCCAGCGGCAACUACGUUGAGAACCCUCCCGCUAAGACGCUCUUUAUCGGCAACAUGUCUUUCGAGAUGUCUGACAAGGACCUGAACGAUCUCUUCCGUGAUAUUCGCAACGUCAUGGACGUCCGUGUCGCUAUCGACCGCAGGACCGGCCAGCCUCGAGGCUUCGCCCACGCCGACUUUAUCGACGUUGCCAGCGCCACCAAGGCGAGGGAGGUCCUGAAGGAGAAGGUCAUCUACGGCAGGCAGCUUCGCGUUGACUUCAGCAAAUCCAACACCGACCGCUCUGACAGGCCCAGGAGGAACGACUCUGCUCAGGACGGAUUGUAGAGCGCAGCGUUUGCAUUAUGAUUUCCAAAGCAUGAUUGGCAGAGGUGUCGACACCUUUGGAUCUUCUACCUUGUCAUUCCAUAUUGUGUUGAUAGCUAGGCGUGCAUGUACCAUAGUAGAGGAGUGUUCGGCGUUCUUGUCACCUAUAUCCUACUGUACAUGACACGAAGAAGGAUGAGGUGUUGUAUACCAAAAUAAUGAAGCCUAGAAGCAC